AUGGAGGAAUCAACUCAAAGAGAGAGUUCUGUAACUCGUUUGUCUCCCAAAGAACAGGGGAGCUACGAAAACGAAAUCUGUGCACCAGAUUUACAACAGAUUGCGAAAUGGAAUUGCCUGGUGCCAACAGGAGUUGACCUGCUCGUUCACGAAUCGAUUGUGACAAUGUCGCGUCUGCAACCCGAAAGCUCCGCAAUCUGUAGUUGGGAUGGAGAGCUCAGCUAUAAGGAGCUUAACGAACUCUCGUCAACGCUUGCUCAUCAUCUAGUACACCUUGGCGCAGGUCCCGAAUCACUUGUUGGAAUAUGCUUCAACAAAAGUCUGUGGACUGGUAUGUAUUUCCCUCGCUUGUCAGAUGAUAAUAUGCAUACUCAGAUCUCUCAGUUGUUGCAAUGCUAGCCACUUUGAAGGCUGGCGCCGGCUUCGUACCAUUGAACCCCGACCAUCCCGAAGAGAGACUUCGGGACAUUGUGGAUCAAAUGCAAUCGCACAUUAUUCUCGUAGCGCCUCAGUAUCAAACACUAUGCCAGAACCUCGCAGAGACUGUGAUACCAGUUUCACAACGCUCCAUUGCUCAGCUUCUGGCAUACCAUGAAAUUCCAAAGACAGUGGUUACACCUAAUAACACUGCAUACAUCUUAUUUACCUCCGGUAGUACUGGAAAGCCAAAGGUAAUGCGUUUCCCCUUGUCCCUCAAACCCGAUGUGAAAUGUGCUAAAAGACGUGUCAGGGUGUUGUAAUUGAGCAUCGGGCGGCCAGCUCCAGUAUAGAUAGCCAUGGUCGUUCCAUGAAGUUUGGGAAACAAUCUAGGGUUUUCCAGUUUGCCACGUAAGAAACGUCCUCCCCCCUCUAUCAGCUUGGCGAGUGCUUACCUUUGGCGAAUGUAAAGAUAUACAUUUGAUGCUUACAUAGCCGAAAUAUUCACUACGCUGGUUUUCGGGGGUUGUAUUUGCGUCCCUUCAGAUGAGCAGCGUAUAUCUAGUCUUGCUGAAAGCAUAAGAAAUAUGCGAGUCACAUGGGUAAGCAGAGUUCGUCAUAUAAAAAAACACCUCUAAUUGAGAAUACAGGCUUUCUUCACGCCAACAGUGGCUCCUACCCUUACUUAUGAAGAGGUACCAACCCUUGAAACACUUGUGCUAGGGGGGGAGGCGUUAGGGGAAGAAGACGUCACCGCAUGGGCUGAUAAGCUGCGCCUUUUUAAUGGCUAUGGUCACACUUUUCUGUCUUAUUGAGAAGGGAUGAAAGCUAACGUACCAAAAAAGCCCAACUGAAACCACAGUGUUCUGCACCAGACACGAAUUUGUGGCAAAUACAAGUCGCUGUCCCGAAAUAAUCAUCGGAAAGGGACUGGGAGGGCUGUGUUGGCUUGUCGACCCUCUGGACCCAACGAAGGUAGGUCUUUGUGCUUCUUUCUCCUCUUGUCUAUAGUGUGUCGCAUAGAUCUCUGUUCAAAUUCGCUUGUUUUGGCAACUCUUUCUCUUGUUGUAACCCAAUUCUUUUGGUUGACUUUUAGGAUCAAAAAUGCUGAUAAUUUGCAGCUCACGCCAAUCGGGGAUAGAGGCGAGCUUCUAAUGGAGUCACCCGCACUUAUGCGAGGUUAUUUAGGGAAUUUAAACAAAACAAAAGAGGUGCUUAUAGAUGCUCCACAUUGGCGAGAUCAUUUCGGCCUCCCUUCGGGUUCUACCAGGCCUAAUCUCUACAAGACUGGUGACUUGGCACGUUUCGACUCUAAUGGAAGACUCAUAUAUGUAGGGCGAGAAGACGGGCAAGUUAAGCUUAGGGGCCAACGUCUGGAACUUGGUGAGGUAGAGCAUCAAAUAAGGCGAAUACUGCCUAGCAUCCCGCUGGCAGGGGUAGAGUUGGUGGCCCCAGGGAGUCGACAAAACAUGCUUGCUGCUUUUUUCCUCGCAAAGGAUGGCCCAAAGUUUCACGGGAGCUCUUCUGGCUUAGUCGGCUUCUCAGAAUCGACAGAAAUUGCCCUCCAUGAGCUAAGGGGAGCACUUUCUCAAUCUCUUCCUGAAUACGAAGUUCCAUCUUUAUACAUCCCUCUGGAUGAAUUACCCCUCACGGCCUCUGGUAAAUUGGAUAGAGCAAGCUUACGCGCAAUUGCCAAACGACUCACAGAUACCGAGAUACAACACUUCUCCUUGACGAUCCAAAGUGAGGAUGGUUCGUCAAAAGAAGAGCCAUUGGCUCCAAUGGAGGAGAUUCUUCGCAGCCUUUGUUCUCGGGCUCUUGGAAUUGAAGAGACAAUGAUAGGUCUGCAUAGCAGCUUCUUCAAGCUGGGCGCUGAUUCCGUCUCAGCCAUGCGUCUUUCAUCGUUAGCUCGGAAAGGAGAGUUCAUUCUGACCGUUGCAAAUAUUUUGCGGUCGGAAGGUAGCCUGCGCCUGAUGGCCACUUUUCUCCUUGCAGAGAAGGGAGCUGAUGCUGAUUCAAAGAGGCCAGCCCCCUUCACCCUUCUCAAUGGCACGAUAAAUCCAGCAGAGGCAGUCAGUGAAGUUGCGAGUAAUUCCACUUUGUUACCAGCUCAAAUACUAGAUAUCUUUCCCUGUACGCCAUUGCAAGAAGCAAUGAUGGCCUUGAGUUUGGCUCAACCAGGCGCAUAUGUUGCUCAAUACGUAUUUCGCUUACCAACAGCAAGCGUUGAUUCAUUCAGAAAGUCCUGGGAGAAGCUGCACCAGUACAAUGAGACACUUCGAACCCGGAUAGCUGUACUUGGAAAAACUGCCUAUCAAGUGGUUGUCGAUGAAUCCCCGAUCUGGGCCACAUCCUCAUCCCUCGACGAAUAUCUAUCUCACGACAAAAAGGUCUCCAUGGAAUAUCACCAACCUCUGAAUCGCACCGGUAUUGUUGAACAGAACGGCGAGAAUUUCUUUAUAUGGACAGCGCACCACUCCAUCUAUGAUGGAUAUAGCUUAUCUCUACUGCUAAAAGAGUUCGACCGACUCUUCAAGGGACUCGCGCCCUGCUUCGCACUGUCCAUGACAUCAUUGACUCGAUUCUUAUCAACACUGGAUAAAAAUGCUAUUGACGAGUUCUGGAAAGCAGAACUCGAGGAUGCAACUCCAUCGAGUUUUCCCUCGACUUUCAAUGGCGAGCGCCGUGCCACGCAAAUCGUACAGCAUCGAAUCAGUACCCCCAAACCUGGAUUCUCAAAUCAUACAACCACCACACAUCUACGCGCAGCUUGGGCAUUUGUGGCCGCUCAAUACUCAAAUUCAAAUGAGGACAUAGUUUAUGGAGUAACGUUGAAUGGUCGAAAUGCUUCCGUGCCAGUAAUUGGCGAAUUGCAAGGGCCUACUAUAGCAACGAUUCCGUUUCGAAUUAGGGCUUCUAGCAAAGCGCAAACAAUCACUUCCCUUCUCGAUGACAUCCAGCAAAAAUCAAUCACCCUUUUCGAACACGCAGGGUACGAGCACAUUGGAUUGCAGAACAUCAAGAAGCUUGAUUCUCACACCGAUCACGCCUGCGUUUUCCAGAGUCUCCUUGUUGUUCAAAACCAGAGCCUAGAAGACAUGGUCGCCAAUGAAGCAGUGCUGCAGCUUGUGGAAUAUAGGGAACUUGGCUUCGAUAGCUACUCUCUGGUUCUGGAAUGCUUCCUGGAAGAGGGAGGCAUAAAUAUUAGAGCAGUUUACGACCCAAACGUGUUUCCUGAAGCACAGGCGGUGUCAUUGAUGUUCCAAAUACACCACGUAUACGAUCAACUGCUUGCUGAAGAACCUCAACACACUGUUUCUGAUAUAGAGGUGUUCAGUCCGUAUGACAGAACCACACUCAGAAAAUGGAAUGAAGAAGAGCCUGAAGUAGUGGAUCGGGUCAUUCAUGAAGUUAUCUACCAGUACGCUCAGCAAAAUCCGGACAGUGCGGCUGUUCAUUCUUGGGACGGGAAUCUAACAUUUAGGGAACUGGAACAAGUAUCAAAUGCAUUGGCAUUACGGCUAGCUAAUCUUGGGGUAGGUUCGACUCAGAACUUUGUUCCCUUAUGUUUCGAGAAGAGUCUUUGGGCAAUAGUUUCGAAGAUUGCAGUAAUGAAAACAGGCGCGGCGUGAGUUGACAGAGGAAAUGAGAGUGAUACCGCCCACUAAAUUUAAUAGCUUUGUUCCGUUGAGCUCAGGAUUACCACUCCUACGACUACAAAAUAUCUGCAAGCAGAUUUCCCCCAACGACAACAUGCUCCCAGUCAUGCUUGUAUCUCCCAAAAACGCCGAUCUUUGCUCCAAGCUGGCUACGAAUGUCAUUGCUUUGGACUCCACAAGCUUCGCGAAUCUGAAUUAUGUAUCAACUCCGUUCGUCCCCAUGUCCGUCGUUACCCCUAAUCAUACGGCAUAUGUUAUUUUUACGUCAGGGAGUACAGGAACCCCAAAGGUACCUAUCAUUUCCUUCUCUUGUCACGUGCUUCGCUUAUCCAAGUAAAAGGGCGUAGUACUACAGCACCGAGCUGCCUGUACAAGUAUGAUGGCCCAUGGAAAAGCUAUCGGAUUUAGCAAGUCAACUAGAAUGCUGCAAUUCUGCGCCUACACUUUCGACGUCAGCGUUGGAGAGAUUAUGACCACGCUCUGCUUCGGCGGUUGUGUUUGUAUUCCUGCUGAGAUCAAUGGCCCAGAAGGCAUUGCGCCUGCAAUCAAUAGUAUGAAAGGUAAGCUUCACUCUCAAAUUCCUGCUUCAAUUGAUUUCCUCGUCAUUCUAACUUAUGACAUAGUAAAUUUGGCGUUGCUCACUCCCGUCCUGUUGAAAUUAUUCAGACCUGAGGAUGUUCCAAAUCUAAAGACUUUAGUCUCUGGAGGAGAGUCUCACUCAGAGGAUUGCAUUCAGCUCUGGUCUAAACAGCUAAAAAUUGCGUAUGGACCCACAGAAGGUAAGUGUCGCUCUUCCUCCCCUGGGCUGUUCGGAGAAGAUUGAGAAGUGUCUACUCCUGAGAGAUACUUUCUUCCUCUGUAUUUCACCUUGAAGCACGGAAGAUAUAAGAGAGGCGGUCACUACUCUGUACACGCUAUCGAAAGUUAUUAUGCCAAAGGUCUGGCACAAGUAAACCAAUUAUACGAAUGGUUUAGAAUAAUUAAUACUUUUCACUCCUUGUUAACCGAGGUGAAAUAGGACAAUUAAUUAAGUUGUACCAGACUUUUGGCAUAACGACUUUUGAUAGCGUGUAAUCUUACACCAUUACUGAACGUGGCAAUACUGACUCCGAGAUCUCUCACAGCUGCGAUAAUCUGCAUGGUAAAUCCCAUUGAUGACAAGAGUAACAAAACGCACUCAGCGCAAAACAUUGGUAGUGGGGUAGGAUGUCGUCUUUGGGUCGUUGACUCUGGUGACCACAAUAUUCUUACUCCAAUUGGUGCAGUGGGCGAGCUCUUGAUCGAAGGAUCUAAUUUAGCAGCGGGCUACCUGAAUGACCCCCAGAAGACCUUGGAUUCAUUCAUAAAUAACCCUCGCUGGGCUGCAGGGUUUGGUCCAAUUGGGAGAUUCUACAAAACUGGCGACUUGGUGUUGCAAAAUCACGAUGGGACUUUGGAUUUUAUUUCCAGAAAGGACAGCCAGAUCAAGCUUAAUGGACAACGAAUUGAGAUAGGAGAAAUUGAGCGACAGAUUUCGGACUCUCCGUCAGUCGAACAUGUUGCUGUGUUCUUGCCUGACAAGGGUGCAUACAAGAAGCGUAUUACUGCCAUGGUCUCGUUACACUGGCCUGUUCCCAGCACCAGCACGAGUGACUCGGGAUACGAAAGCGACAAUUCGGCAUCUACCUUAGCGGAUAUCAACGUCAUAUCUGGAAGUCAGAGAGUAACAGGAAAGGUUAUCAUCGAUACCCUACAGGCUAGAAUUUCCAGUCUCUUGCCUGCAUAUAUGGUGCCAAAAGGGUGGAUUGUCCUCGAAAAGUCCCCCCUCAACCGAUCAACUAAGCUCGACCGGCCAAAGGUGAAAAAUUGGCUAGAAGCAACGACUCAGAAUCAUGAUCUACAAGCGGAGGAGGAGGUAGGCCCAAAGCAACCAGCGAACGAUACACAACGUCUUUUCCAAAAUGUCUGGAGCGAUGUGUUAGGGGUUCAAAGUUAAAAAUAGGGAUGGCAACGUCUUUUAUCGCCUUGGGUGGAGACUCAAUCUCGUAAUCCUGCCCCGGUUUUUGAUGUAUGAUUGUGAUUUGCUUUCUAACUUUCACCCAGAGCAAUAAAACUUAUGUGGGGCUAUCGUAAGUUGGGAUAUGAAGUCACCGUUCGUCAAAUUCUCCGUUUUCAAACAAUUCAGAAGCUCUCAGAGGUUGCGCACAAGGCGUCUGCAGUCCAGGUAGGAAUUGAAAGCUCUGUCAGUGAUGCCACACUCGUUCCCGCCACCUUGAAAGAAGAGGACAGGUUAGUGGACCAGGACAUAAUCGGCAGUAUUCAAGCUGCUUCUGGCUUGAGGGUUGCAGGAGUUUACCCAUGUUCCCCAAUGCAACAAGGCCUUCUUAUUAGCCAAAUCAAGGUACCAUUUCCAAACUCCGAUCAUUAAUGCCGUCUUUGUUUACCCAUUGCUGUCUAGAACCCAACAACCUACCGAGUCGAGCUUAUCUUCCAAGUUGUCCCCACCAAUGAAGAUAUCGACCUCGGAAAAGUGCGCAACGCCUGGUCUGAAGUUGUCACACGUCACGCUAUUCUUCUGACAGCUUUUGUCCAAAACAUUUCGGAGCACAGUCACUUUAGCCAAGUUGUUUUUGAAGCUUUCCAGCCACAAAUCACUAUUAUAGAAACAGAUAGCGACGACACAGUUCUCGGAUUACCGCCCUCGCAAUCCUCCGAUAACUUUCCACCGCAUCAUCUAACCAUAUGUCAUAGCUUGCAGAAUGGUAAAGUGUUCUGCAAACUUGAAAUGAGUCACGCUAUUACCGAUGGAAGUUCUCUUACCCCCUUGAUCGACGGGUUUAUCGCCGCCUACGAUGCUAGGUUAGCAAAAGGCCCGACUCUUCAAUACUACGAUUAUAUGCAAUACCUACAGAAGCAACCGCAGGCCAGCAACCUCGCUUACUGGAAAAAGUAUCUUGAGAGAGUCCGUCCGUGCGAAUUGCCUCAUGAUAUCGCAGCUAGCGAGGCUAAGGCCGAAGUCCUCUCUGUGGUGGUUCCAGCACUAGACCAUGACAGAAUUCAAACAUUCUGCAUUGAAAAUGGCUCGACAAAAUCCACCAUUUUUCGUGCAGCGUGGGCUUUAUAUUUGAGCUUUUAUAAUGAACAAGACGAUGAAGUGGUUUCCGGAUCCUUGACCAGUGGGAGAGAUAUCCCAUUUCUUGGUAUAGAUCACGUGAUCGGUCCCCUGAUGAACAUGGUCGUUUGCCGAACUCGAAUUGAACAUCGUGCCAACUGUCUAAGAUUCCUGGAUACAAUUCAAGACAGCUUGUCUCAAAGUCUACAACAUCAGACCACACCAUUGGUAGAAUUACACAGAGAAUUGGGACUCACAGGAGAUGCUAGAUUGUUUAAUACAAUUCUAUCAUACUUACGGGUACCUCAAAAUGGACGGGCGGAGGAUGCGAGUAUUGAUGUCAAGUUCGUUGCAGACUAUGAUGCUAUAGAGGUAAGUUCGCUCUAUUACUGUCCUAUGAAACUGAAGGCGCUGUUUCAGGCCUGUCUUUAUCUCUUCAUGCUGAUCAAGCCUAAAUAACAGUACGAUAUUUCUGUUUUGAUAAGAGAGGAGAGUGGAAAGCUAUCUGCGACAUUGAGGCACCGAGACGAUCACAUUUCAGAGCACUAUGCGAAAAACAUUGCCCAUACGUUUGAUCAGAUCAUCACUUCGAUCGUGGAUGGCAAAAGCGCAACCGUGAGAGAACUGGACUUCAUGAGCCAAAGAGAUAAGGCUCAGCUACAGGUUUGGAAUUCCCAUGUGCCUCCGCGGACGGAACGGUGUAUCCACGAGGUCAUAGCCAAACAUCACAUCACAACACCACAAAAGGACGCUGUGACUAGCUGGGAUGGCACAUUCACGUUCCAAGAAUUACAUGAGCUUUCUGAUCAUUUAGCAUACCAGCUGUCGCAUUGCGGCGUGGGCCGUGGAAGCUAUGUCCCUAUUCUUAUGGAAAAGAGCAAAUGGGUCACCGUGUCCAUGCUCGCAGUGCUGAAAGCUGGAGCUGCGUUUUGCCGUAUGGAUCCUUCGCACCCAAAGAGUCGUCUUAUUUCAAUUGUAUCUGAUCUUGGUGCGGAUGUACUUCUGACUUUCAGAGACCACUCACAGUUGCUUGCUGGUGAAAUAAGAACCAUUGUUGUUGUGGAUGGAAAUGAAGCACAAUUGCGCCAGACAGCCAAGCAUCCUCAAUGGCCCCCGUCUGUUACACAUCUUGAUCCUGCAUAUGUCAUCUACACAUCAGGGUCCACGGGGAACCCUAAGGGCGUUAUAAUUGAACAUGGUUCCUAUUGCUCCAGCGCCGAAGGGCACCGGGAAAAAACCCAAAUCGACUCCAGGUCAAGAAUUCUACAAUUCGCUUCGUACAGUUUUGAUACAUCUAUGGAGGAUCAUCUCACUACCCUGAUUGUGGGCGGCACGAUUUGUGUAAGUUUCUGUUUCAUAUCUAAAUACUUUCCUAAUAUAGUCUUUUAGGUCCCAUCAGAGUAUGAGCGAAUGAACGAUAUAGCUGGGGCGAUCAAUCGAAUGGGUGUGAAGUAAGUGAAAUGAAUCUUUUAGGGUUCCUGUUGUUCAAAGCUUACCCGAUCAAACUCUAGCUGGAUACAUAUCACGCCAUCAGUCGCAAAUCUCAUCCCUCUCAAAGAGGUACCUGGCCUCAGAGUUAUGGCUCUUGGUGGUGAAGCAAUGACUACUACCAACAUUCUCAAUUGGAGCCAGCGCUUAAAAUUGAUUAAUGUCUACGGACCCAGCGAAGGUAUGUAUCGAAGCAGUACAAAUUAUUGAACGUGGAGCAAUCUAAUAUGGAACAGCAUGUGUAACCUGUACUGUGAACGACAACCCUGAUAUCUUGUAUCCUGCGAAAACAGGCAAAUCUGUCUCAAGCAUCAGCUGGAUUGUCAGCCCUACAGACCACACACGUCUUAUGCCCAUUGGGGCACCGGGUGAGUUAGUCGUGGAAGGGCCGAUUGUGGCUCGCGGUUAUCUCAACGAUCCAACCAAAACCAGUGCAUAAUUUAUCGAAAAUAUGCCAUGGAUGACAGAUCGAACCAACAGCCGCGCUUACAAGACUGGAGACAUGGCGAAGUAUUCUUCAGAUGGCUCGCUUAUUUACCUUGGCAGAAAGGAUACACAAAUUAAGCUUCAUGGUAAGAAACCUUCUACACCAUCCCACAACCUCGUGGUAUAGGGGAUUUCUGCUAACAUCAAUGACACUCUUGCAGGUCAAAGAAUUGAAAUCGCGGAAGUAGAGCACUGGAUGUCAAACGCCCUCCAGAGCUGUGGGGAAAAUGGGCAAAUUGCCGUCGAGCUUGUUCGCUUUCGAGGCGGAAAUGAGCCCGCUUUGGUCGGGUUCGUUGCAUUUUCUUGCCCUGAUGGCCACUUUGGCGCAUCUGGUAAUCUCGAGGACGUUGCUACUGAGACCAUAGUGCGACUGGAUCAGCUCGCCAGCCCAUGGAUCAGGAGAAUGUCAGAACAUCUGCCACAGUUUAUGAUCCCAACAUUGGUACCCCUCCGAAAGAUUCCCAUGACAACCUCUGGCAAGCUUGAUCGAAGAAGACUCAAGGAGAUUGCGUCGAGGCUAGUACCGGCAAACUUUACAUCAACCGCGGGCGUCAAGCGAGCACCACGUACAGCCGUUGAAAAGGUUCUACAGAAACUUUGGGCACAGGUUUUGAAUGUGCUGGAUGUAACAGGAAUCGGCCUGGACGAUAAUUUCUUCCGAAGCUUUGGCGGUGAUUCCAUGUCGGCUGUAAGUAGAGGUCUCUUUUAUGCUACCACCGCCAGCCUUUUAUAUCUCAUGGCCUCUUCUGCUUUUUUUUUACCCAUUGGACUUUUAUAAGGCUAACUUUCAAUAGAUGAAAUUGGUGUCUGUAUGCCGCGCUCAGGGAUUCGUUUUAACUGUUGCGGAUAUCUUCCGAAAUCCAGUGUUCGUCAAGAUGGUGCCCCACAUGCAAGCUCUUCAGGGGCAAUGCCAAAUACAGCCUCCCGACUGCUUCUCGAUCCUGAAAUCUACAGAUCCAAAGUCGGUGAUUCUCGAGUGCUCUCAGGCGUGUGGAAUUGAGGAGGCCCGGGUUACAGAUAUAUAUCCUGCAACUCCACUCCAAGAAGGCCUUCUCGCAAUGUCGUCCAGUCGCUCUGGAUCGUACGUUAAUCAGGACAUCUUUAAGCUUCCCGAAGAUCUCGACAUGAACAGGUUCCGACAAGCCUGCGAAUCUGUUUCCAGAGAGAUACCAAUUCUACGGACCAGAAUAUAUCAAUCGACUAUCGAAUCCUGUUCUCUGCAGGCGGUUCUAGAAGAAAGGUCCAAGUGGCAAAUCAGUCGAUCAUUGAAGGAGUAUUUGGAAGAAGAUCGACGUGAGAUGUCUUUCGGAACGCAGCUUGUGCGAUUCGGUCUCGUCGAAAAACCCGAAAAAGAAGGUAACUAUUUCAUUCUUACAAUCCACCACUCGCUCUACGAUGGACAACCACUACCAACGAUUUAUGCAUUGAUCGAUGGAAAAUAUUCUGGUCUGGCGUCAGACAAAUUCGAGCCAUUCAACUCGUUCAUUCGCUAUCUAGGAAGUGUAAAGGAGGACACACAACGAGAAUUUUGGAUGAAUUAUCUUCAAGAUUCAGAGCAAGCUGCAACCUUUCCCGAAGCCCGCCUUUGCUCUGAUCAUAAAGUCACGGCUCGAUCGAAUUCCCAGCUACCCAUUCAGCUGAAUAGAAGCAUGAGUGAGAUUACCACUGCAACAGUCGUCCAAGCAGCAUGGGCACUUCUCAUGGGCUAAUAUUCAAACUCUGAGUUUGUUCUUUUUGGCUCUACUCUUUCUGGAAGAACUGCACCCAUUGCAGGAAUAGAACAAAUUGUAGGUCCGACCAUAAGUACUGUUCCAUUGAGGGUCAAAAUCGACCAUCGGCAGUCAGUCAAGGACUUCCUGCAACUCGUUCAGAAAGAGUCCACUGAUGUGACCAACUUCGCGUUUGUACCCGUGCCGAAUAAUCUUCUAUUAUAUUACAGAAAGCUAAUUUGAUGUAUGUAGUCACUUUGGUCUGCAAAAUAUCAAGCAGGCUGCACAUUCUGCGUGUGAUUUUCAAAAUUUGCUUGUAGUGCAAAUGAAAACAAGGGACACCAACUUGAAAACGCUCGGUACUAGGGUCUCCACAGGAAGCGACAAUUUUAACACUGUCCCACUGAUUAUGCAAUGCGCCAUUGAGGAUGGCGGCCUCUUGGCUACCGCUGAUUUCGAUCCCGCUUAUGUUCAUUCCCGUGAGAUGAAUCGCAUGCUCCACCAAUUUGCAACUAUCCUGCAACGACUGGCUGUGACAGACAAUAAAGAUUCGGGCAAUCUUCGUUUGGGCGAUAUCGAGAUGGGCAGCCCAGAGGAUUUCAGAGAGAUCAUCGACUGGAAUGCUGAGGAUCCUAAAAUCAUCGCCACUUGUGUUCACCAUACCAAAUCAGCUGAGCGCUUCUCGUGAAUCUCCAGAAAAGGUUGCCCUUUGCUCAACAUCACAAGGAGAUAUCAGCUAUGCUGAGCUUAUGGAAUUCUCACAGAGAAUAGCCAUCGCCCUUCUCGACCUUGGAGUAUGUCCUGGCAUGAUUAUACCAGUUGUCUUUGACAAGGAUAUUUUUGCUGUGAUAUCGAUGAUUGGACUUUGGAUAGCUGGAUGUGCUUAUGUUCCAAUCUCCCCGGGCCACCCUCCUGAACGUCAACUCGGUCUGUUUAAACAAGUCCAAGCACGGAUUUUACUUACAUCACCACGACACUCGCAAAGCCUCCAAAACAUCGCUCCAGAGGUUCGGUUAUUGGCGAUAGACAGUGACAUCGUUUCACACUUACCUCCCAUCACUGAGCAAUGUCGUGACAGGCUAUCCAGAGUCGACGUAACCCCGGAAAGCAAUGCUUACAUCCUGUUCACAUCUAGUAGUACUGGUACACCAAAGGGUGUUGUUUUGACCCAUAAAGCAGUCAGCACCAGUACAAACGGCCAUGGCGAGGCAAUGCGCCUUACGUCGGAUUCGUGCGUCUUUCAAUUCGCCUCAUAUACGUUCGACGCAUCUGUUGCUGAGAUUUUCACAUCAUUAACACGGGGUGCUACAGUUUGUGUAAGUCAUGGGCUUUUGAUCAAGGGGCUUUUCUAAUUUACAAUUUCAGGUACCGUCAGAGCACGAGCGAAUGAAUGAUCUUGCCGGGGCAAUGACACGGCUACGAAGUGAUUGGACUUUUUUGACACCUAGUGUCGCGCGAUUGCUCCAAACGAGCGAGGUUCCAACUCUACGCACUUUGGUGCUUGGUGGAGAAGCUGUUGGUAAAGCAGACAUUGAAAAAUGGGCGGGCAAGGUUCAUCUGAUGAACGGUUAUGGUAGGCUUUUCUCGUUUAAUCCAUCACCAAGAACCCUGCUAACGAGAAGCCAAGCCCUACCGAAACAGCUGUCUUUGCAGUGACCCACGAAAUCUGCUCUGAUACUGCCUUUACUACUAUUGGUCGUGCUGUGAGCUCGAAGACAUGGAUUGUAGUGCCAGAUGACCAUCAUAAGGUAGGACCAUUCUUUUUUAUUGGAUCACCCACUAAUCUAUGUAUAGCUUGCUCCUAUUGGUACUCCGGGCGAGCUCCUCAUCAGCGGGGCUAGUCUUGCCAAUGGAUAUCUGAACGACGUUGAGAAGACACAGAAGUCAUUCAUUACGGGUCCUCGAUGGAUCCAGCAAAUACCAGGUCUGGGAAUCUCCGACCGCUUCUACAAAACAGGUAUGAUUUUGUAUUCCUGAUCAGAUUCGUCUGAAAUAAUGCUAACCAAAACAGGUGAUUUGGUUCGUUACAACACGGAAGGCAAAAUAGAAUUUAUUUCUAGAAAGGACGACCGGGUCAAAAUCAAUGGUCAGCGCAUUGAGCUGGGAGAGAUCGAGCAUUGGAUCGGCAGCCAUGAGACGGUCAGACAAAACAUUACCAUCGUUCCAAAAAGGUAAGUUAUUUAUGAAAUUUCGGUUCUUUAUUAGCGAUUUGUUUACUAAUACAAAUAGUGGCCUAUGCAAAAGCCAACUGGUAGCCAUCAUCAGCUUACACGAUAUUCCUGUUCAAGCCGGGAUCCAUCUCGUGCCUGCUGAAUUAAACGAUCUUGCGACCACCCGAAUCUCCGAAAUAAAGCAAAAACUGGCCGACAACCUUCCGAGUUAUUCUAUACCCACGGUGUGGGCUGUGCUUGAAAGUCUCCCAUUGUCAGUCUCGACAAAGGUGGACCGGUCAACCAUUUCCAAAUGGGUGAAUGAGAUUUCUGAGGAUAUAUAGUAAGCUUUGUUUCGUGCUGUAUUUCAUGUGAAAAUUACUGAUUUGAGCUCUAGUUUGAGUCUGCUAUCCUUCAAUAUCCAAGGUGUCGGAAAGAAGUGUACAUCGCCAUUAGAGCUAAGACUACAGCAAAUUUGGGCCUCAGUUCUUUCUCUCCCCACUGAUAUAAUUGAUGCAGAGCAAUCCUUCUUCCAAUACGGUGGUGACUCGGUAUGUUUAGAGUGAUAGUCAUAGAAUGUAUGCUAAUAAUACUUCUAGAUCUCUGCCAUCAGAGUUGUCCAACAUUGUCGAUCAGAAGAAAUCUCUCUCUCAGUACAAGACAUUCUUGUAUCGCAUAAUUUAGCAGAUCUUUCCAAAAGGUCAGAAGCUGCCAUCAAGACAGAGAUUGCCCCCGAACCGGUCAGUGUUACCUUUAAAGAUGCAAUACUAGACGGUGCCGCUCUCCAGUCGUAUGGAAUACAAGAGUCCGAUGUAGAGUUUGCUCUGCCUUACAGUCAUAUGCAAGAGCGAAUCCUAGCAAUCCAGACGAAAAUGCCUGGGUUUUACGAUACCGAGAUGAUCUUCGACAUUGAGGGACGAGAAGAAAUCAACCUUGAACGCCUAAUCGAAGCCUAG